UCUACCGGAGAUGGGGUACCUUAUUGCUAACCGGUUUCGGGUGGUUUUCAUCUCCAUCUCGUUAAAAUCUAGUUACACUUACCUUCCGAUGAGAGGAGGCGCCCCACCGUUAGAACAUCCUGUCAUAGCUAUUGGUCAUGUGACCAAUCACUUUGUACAGCUGAAGUUGGUGUCUGGACAUCCUAUGCCGCCAAUUGCUCCCCAAUGGGAAUACAACGUUGAAGAACCCGAGUCCGAAUGGUGUAAACCGUAUAAAGAGCGUUUGGAUAGAUUUAUGGCUGAACACACUGUUUGGAUUGGUCCUUGUGUUAUUACCAACUUUGAUUUAACAGACAUAACAGAAGAUUGAUAAU